UAAGCCGACUUUCAACACUCAGGAAUGUAACAACGACACAACUACACCAGACUCCGUCAUUUAUCAGGGCAGCUGUCGCGCUUAAAUUCUUUUCGCAAACUUGUGAAAACUGUGAGGGGAAACUGGCACAUCGCCGCGCGCUGCUGCGUGCUCUCUGGAGAUUUAUAUUUAAAGCCUUUUGCUCCGCGGAGGCUCGCGCAUCUGGGUAACCUAGAUUUAAGCAUUCCAGUAUAUUUGUUUUGUAAGCGCUUGUUAAGGAUUCCGAACGUUAUUUUUUAUGCCUGAUUUGAACUUUAGAAUAUGUAAAAUGUUAAAAGCGAGUAAUUGUUACUCUAAUCAUUUAUGGAAGCACAACAUUGCGCAGCUUUUUCGUAUGGGAAAUUAAUCGAUCUGUGGCAACACGGCUUGUAUUUCUGCUUCGGUUCUAGUCGUUUUUGUUUGUUUUGUUUCAGUUUUUCCCCUCACGUUAUCUGUCGUCUAUAAAAAAAAAACAUUCUGAAGUUGAUCAUUUACUGAAAGAGCUGUAAAUUCUAGGUUUAUCCGAACCGUACAUUAUAAUUAAAUAUAUGGAGCCUAUCCGACAUUUUAUUAAUUCGAUGCCUGCCUUUUAAAUUAAGUUGCGCUUUUCCAUAAUUAUCCCAUAACCCAGAUGACGCUUUUUGCAAAUUUGACGCAAAGUAAUAAACCUCGACGAGAUGUGACAGAACAAUGGCUCACGGAAUCUUUAGCUCAGUGAACAAUGUAUUCAUUCGUUUCUACGUAAGAUCGUUUAUUUAAUUUCAGACGAACAUAUUUUACUACGUUAUAUUACAAAAAAAGAGAGACUAUUCAAUUUAUUCUGGCCACAUUCGGAUUACUAAUAGAGACGAUUAGUCCACGUGCUUCAACCUCAGUUGCCGCGCUUUGGCAGUCAUGGCAAGCGCGUGCUCUACCGGCACGGGUCUGCAUGGCCACAACAUCAACGGCACCGGAGGCACGUCUUCACCGACUUGUAACCAGAGCAUGAUAAAACUCCCUCCGUACACUCCAGAAGCCACAGCAGCCUUUGCAACGGCCAUCACGUUGAUGAUUCUUAUCACAAUAGUUGGCAAUAUCCUGGUCAUCAUUGCUGUUUUAACCAGCCGCUCACUGCGAGGACCCCAGAACCUCUUCUUGGUGUCCCUCGCGGCUGCGGACAUUCUGGUAGCCACGCUCAUCAUCCCAUUUUCACUGGCCAAUGAACUAAUGGGCUACUGGUAUUUCCGGUCCGUGUGGUGUGAGAUCUACCUGGCGCUGGACGUGUUGUUCUGCACUUCUUCCAUAGUACACUUGUGCGCCAUCAGCCUAGACCGAUACAUGUCCAUCUCGCGCGCCGUCACGUACGGCGCACAGCGGACGCCCAAACGCAUCAAAUGUGCCAUUUUGGUGGUGUGGCUGAUCUCAGCAGUCAUCUCCUUUCCACCGCUGCUCUCCAUGAACAAGAACAAAGGUGGCGCCGAUUCGGGUGGGCUGCCACAGUGUGAGCUCAACAACGAGCGCUGGUACAUCCUGUACUCCACUAUCGGUUCCUUCUUUGCUCCUUGUCUGAUUAUGAUCUUGGUUUACAUGCGGAUCUACCAGAUCGCCAAGCAGCGCACGCGGUGUCCUCCAGGGGAGCCCCGCAAAGAGGUCCCGGCCAAUGCCGCAAACCCACAGCACAAGGUCCACACGGAGGGUCUACAAAACGGAAGAGGCGACGAAACGCCCUCAAUCUUGCAGAAAAAACCCAGGCCUCCAACUCUGGCCGUGUCCCAAGUGGAGUCCGCCCAGCAGGCGGCGAGCCCCCCAAUCUCCAACAAACACCUGCAAGCCCCUUCAACGGCCCUGACACCGACCACCCCGUGCCCCUCACCGUCUCCCUCGAAUUCGUCCGAAAUGGCUCCUAAUAAAGCCAAAGGGGGGAAAAAGGCGAAGAAGGCCAUGAAACUGCCCGACAAUAAUAACGGAGAGAGCAUGAGCUCAGACUCGGACACAGAGCAAGGUGGAAGGGGGCUGGAGGUCCCGUGCACCCCAGGCGUGACGCCCAGCGGCAUCCAUUCUCCGGCCACCAUACAGAAAUACAGAGACAUGAUUGCCACCGCCAAAGGUGCCAAGCUAGUGACCCGGAAGACGAAGCAAGAAGGAACGCCCAACUCCGCACGCCGCAAAGCCAUGGUGAACCGAGAGAAGCGCUUCACCUUCGUGCUGGCGGUGGUGAUUGGCGUCUUUGUCAUCUGCUGGUUCCCUUUCUUCUUCUCGUACAGCCUACAGGCUGUGUGCCCGGAAACCUGCACCCUGCCCGAGCCGCUCUUCAAGUUCUUCUUUUGGAUCGGCUACUGCAACAGCUGCCUAAACCCGGUCAUCUACACCAUCUUCAACAAAGACUUCCGCAGAGCCUUCAAAAAGAUCCUCUGCAAGAACACCAAAGGCACAUUCUUCUGAAGCUCCUGAGGUGGAUCCUCUCCCCUUAUUCAGAACACAGACUAAAAGAAGCACAAUAACAGUGCUGUUGCGAAGUAAACGAAGGGCUUUUUGUGCUGCCCGGUGCACUGAGGACACCAUGCUACUCAAAUGACUCCAGGUUACUGGAUUCCUGGUAUUUGUGUUAUAAAAUGGGGCUAAUCCAAAAAUAUUCACAGACUUUGACAAAUCAAGGCUGAACACAAAAGAACUUACUGGGACUAUCGCACACCUGCAAGGACAACGACACGGAGGUCGGUUACAAAGGUUAUUGUAUCUUUUCUGUUUUCUGUUAUCUCGCCUUUCUACGAACACCAGAGCUUGGAGAUACUGCAAGCGCGGAUUUCUCUAAGGAUUUCAGAGGUACACCAUUCAGAAUCUUUACGUACAGCUUUUCCAUGCUGACUGGUCUACCAAUGCCUACACAGCAUUACUUCUGAGGAACAAAGACGUGAAAUGCUCCUGUGGAAAUCCUUGCCAGGGGCGAUGUGUAUGAAAAGAGCUGACGCAAGUCUCUCCGAUCGAACGUUAAGGCUUCUAGUUACAGAUCCCCCUCCAGUGUAAGACCACUGAGGAGUUUUUCUGCCAUGCUGUGAGGCAGAAAGGCUCUGUGAAUACAGAACACCUGUCACGGAUGGAAGCCUUUCUGUCUCUUUGCAUCUUGGACUGGUUGCCAGCAGGCUUUAAGAUGGCAAAAUGUUUAUUACGAGAACUUAAUAUGUGUAUUCGUAUCAAAAGUCAUUUUCAUUUUUAAAAUGAUAAGACUCUUUGCGUCGUCCAAAAUGACUUGAGACUUUUUGGUGACUGCAUCAUAUGACACAAACACCUCCUGAGGUGCUCUUUCUGACUUGGUUCAGCACUUUUCUUUGUAUAAAAGAACAAACGAUCAUUUGUUGGUGUACACUGAUCUACUGCACCCUAAAUGUCUGAGCAUUCAGCAGGGUGAUACUUUGGGACUAAGGGCUGAUAGCAGUGAUGCUUUCUUUUUCUUUGGUCAUUGUCUUUUUGCUAAUGAU